AUGCCAACUGAAUCUGGUAGCUCGAAGGUCAAUGUAGUGACUGUGGGACAGAAAAGAAAGUCUGUCGCUAAGAAGGUGAACACUAAGCCCAAAACUGACAAGGGCAAGGCUAAGAAAUCAAAGGCCAACAAACCAUGUUGGUCUUGUGGACAGAUUGGUCAUUGGAGUAAGGACUGUCCUGUAAAGAAAGCAAAGAAAGCUGAGGUGGUAGCACAAGCAAAUACUGUGCUUGGAACCACUGAUGGGCCUGUGCUUAACAUGGUUGUUGGUGAGGCUGUUGCUUCUGAAACCAAUGACGGGCUCAUGGGAUGACAGUGACGAUGGGGAAUGCUAGUGCGGCUCAAGUUCGUGGAAUAGGAAACGUGGACCUGAAGUUUGCUUCAGGGCGUGUUCUAUCCCUUACUAGAGUGCAUCAUGUUCCCGAGAUUCGUAGAAAUAUUAUUAGUGGAAGUUGUUUAGUUAAAAAUGGCUUUGAACUUUCUUUAAAGUGUAAUAAAGUAGUUAUUACUCAGACUGGUGUGUUUUUUGGCAAGGGCUACUUGUCAGACGGCUUGUUUUUAAUAAAUGUGGAGCCUGUUUUAGGCGGUUUUAUUAAUGAUAUUGCUUCUCCUUCUGUUAAUAAUAUUGAAUCAUCCGAUUUGUGGCA